GGCAAGUUUAAAUUUAUGCCUCCUGUCGGUCACGUGACGCAAACUGUAUACGACUACGGCAAGUUCGCGAAAUUCAAAAAAGGUAUUUUCUCUUCGUUAAGAGAGUUUGGGCUUUGCCUUAGAGAAAACACUUUGCAGGUAUUAACUGACAACAAAAUAAAUAUGUACACUCCACAAGCUAAACGUAUCAAGCUGGAUGGUCCAGUCUUUACAACUCCAAUUACAUUGGAACGAACGAAAAGCUGUUUUGAGGAUUCUCCCCAUUCUAUGCACACAAAGUCAGGAAGCAGUCCAUUCACUGCUCAAGAAUAUACAGCCUUGAAAAAAGAAGUUGAAGAAAGAAGCAGCCAAAGAGAUGAAUUGUUCUUAAAAGUCAAGGAACUGACAGAAAACAAUAAACGCUACAAAGAGCGAUUGGACGGCAGUCAGCAGCAACAGCAGCAACUCCACAUUUUAGAGAAGACCUUGUCCACCCAAAUUGCUGACCGUGAUCGUCUUAUAGGAACCCUGCAAGAUGUCAUUGAAGAGCAUGAAACAAAAAUAUUGCAGCUUGAGCAAGAAGUUCAUGGCAAUAUACUGGCAAGAGAAGGUGUUUCUUCAUCUCCAUUUUCAUCAAAAUCAUCAGAAAAUUCUUCAUCUGCCACAUCACCUGCAACCUUCUCUUCUGGGACUGGUGUUACAGCAAGACUUAUUUCUGAUAUUAAGCACCUGCACGAAGAAAAGAGUCUUCUGGUGUCUCAGCUGAAUGAAGUUAAGAUUCAGCAGGAAGCAUGUAAAAUGGAGCAAUGGGAAACAAUUAUCUCACUGCAAAAGUCUUUAUCUGCCAAAGAGAAGGAAAAUACCUUCCUGAAAACCCAGAUUCAAAUUUCUGGUUCCAAAAACAUUGAGCAGAUGCCUUCUGAAAGCACAGGCAGCUGCAGCACAGAUACUGAGAAACAGCUGGAAAAAGUUCAGACUGAAAAUGAGCGGCUCUUGAAAGAAGUAUCCAGUCUCCACAGAUUCUACUCUCACACAUCCUCCAUGGGUCUCUCAGAGCCAGUUGAGCAUCUGAAGGACGAGAUCAAGACUCUGCAGCAUGAACGUCAACAAACCGCACGACAGCUACGUGAUCUGCAGGCCAAAUGGACUUCCUUGCAGGCCAGGGAUCCAGACGUAGUGACUCACAUUGACCAUGUUUACAUGGAGGUAGAGUCACAAGAAGCAAAGUUGCAGCUACAGGAAGCCAGGGAAAAAGUGUCAACUUUGGAGGAACAGCUUCUGAACUGGAAGCAAAAGUUUAAUGUUCAAGAUCAUCGGAUUACUGAUUUGCAGCAUCAACUGAACAGGGUCUCAGAAACACUAAAGAAGAACAUCGAAGAGAAGCAACUGCUACAAAAAUGCCUUUCGGAAGAAUUAGAAAAGGAGCGUCAAAGCAAGGACCUUGCUGUGCAGGAUGCCAGGCGAGAAGUAGAGAAAAAAAUGUAUGAGCUGCAGGCAAGCAAUCAGCAAAUCUGUCUGCGACUGCGACAUUUGCAGUCAAGCUUUGACAGUGUUAAGCAGGCAUUUGCUUUGCUGCAAAGACAGGCUUACCACGUCCCAAUAAUGGUAGCCAGUAUAGUGAAAGGGCUACAAGAUGAGAUGAUGAAACAGGUACAGAAGGUUGCAGACGAGAACAAGGAUUUGGUGCGCAAGUAUCACAGAGAAAUGCAUCUUCGCAAACGCUACCAUAAUGAACUGGUAGAGUUGAAAGGAAAUAUUCGAGUAUUCUGUCGAGUGCGUCCUGCUAUCAAGGAGGAUGGGACAGGCUCUCAAACAGAUAUUGUGGUGACCUAUGACCCUGAUGAUGAUGGCAUCAUUUAUAUCAGUAACAAGGGCCGAAUCCAGACCUUUGACUUUGAAGUGUUUUCCAAUGAAAGCACCCAGACACAGGUAUUUAAUGAGGUUUCAGCACUGGUUACAAGCUGCAUUGAUGGCUUCAAUGUCUGCAUCUUUGCCUAUGGCCAGACAGGCUCAGGAAAGACUUUCACCAUGGAGGGACCUGCAGAUGACCCUGGCAUCAACCAAAGGGCUCUACAGGAGCUCUUCCAUGAAACAGCGGACAGAGGACAGGACUGGCACUUUAAUAUAUGCGUCAGUGUGUUGGAAAUCUACAAUGAAACGAUCAGGGACCUACUCAGUACUGACAGUGGCAAUAAGCUUGAAGUGAAGAUGAAGCCUGAGGGAGGGGGAUAUUAUGUGCCAGGGUUGCAGACUGUUGAAGUGCACACUGUUCAGGACAUCAAUCAAAUCUUUAGCCUGGGAAAGAAGAAUCGAGCCACUGCUACAACCAACAUGAAUGAGCACUCUUCUCGGUCUCAUUGCCUCCUUUGUGUCACAGUAACUGGACUAAACCGCACCACCAAUACUCGUACUUUUGGCCGACUGAAUCUAGUGGAUUUGGCUGGAUCUGAGCGUGUAAGCAAAUCAGGGGCAGAUGGUGCUCGUCUAAAGGAGGCACAGAGCAUCAACAAAUCUCUGGCAUGUCUAGGAGAUGUCAUACAUGCUCUGCGCAUCAAGCAGACCCACAUUCCCUUUCGCAAUUCCAAGCUGACGUAUCUUCUGCAGGACUCUCUUGGAGGUGACAGCAAAACCCUCAUGAUAGUCCAGGUGGCACCAGUGGAAAAAAAUGUGUCGGAGACAGUUUGCAGCCUCAGUUUCGGGCAGCGUGUUAGAAAUGUAGAGCUGGGUGCUGCCACUCGCAAAAUGGAGGCUGCAGAUGGAGAGGGUAAGUCUCCGUCAACUCCACAACCCUCUACUCCACCACCAAAGAGGAUGGUAAUUUCACAACCUCCCACUCCACCAGCCAAGAAAAUGGUACUCUUAUCACCAAAGCAGUCGCCCAUGAAUCGCAGUACUCCAAACAAACCAUCCCCUGCUGAUUUUCACUCUACUCCACGUCUCACCCGCCAGCAACCACGAAAGUGAUCAGUCAUGCAUUUAUCAAAGCAUUCCAUUGCUGGACGAUCAGAGAGAAAUUUCUUGCUAAGACUAAGUUGUCUUCUUAUUUGCUUAUGAAAACUACACGCUUAAGAGAAAUCUGGUUAUCUUACUGUGAAAGAAUCACAAGUUGAGAUUCUUUCUCCACAAUUUUUUUUGCUGAAAGAAGCCAGAUUAUCUUUUUUGGAAUGGAUGAGUUUUUUAAAUAAUUUUUUUUCAUUUAUAUUUGUUUUAUUAAUUUGUAUGUUGUUAUAAUUGGUUUGACAUAAAGACUAAUACAUGUUGAUCUGCCUGUGUGCAUGCAUAUUUGUGAGAGAGAGAGAAUGGAUGAAUAAGAGAGUAAAAAAAUAGCUUAAAGUCUUUAAUUCAUACAUUGAUACACUAUUUCUUAGCAUUGGUAAAUCUGCAUAUGAGAGUGACAGAAAGAAUAAUAAUCACAUUUUGUCCAAAGCAGGCAUGGGUGCUUUUAGUCCUGUGAUAACAGUUGCUGAAAUGCAAUAUAGUAAUUUAAAAAAAUCAUGAUAACAGGAUAAUUCAGCACUUUUUUGUAUCACUUGCUGAUGAACAUAAAUGACCAAAAGCUGGCUUUGUAAGAGGCAUUGAUGUGAAAUGUGUUUUGAUGUGCACAGCAUGUUAUUGUUGGUCUGCUACUUAGCAGGAUGAAGCAGGCCAGGGCAACGUGCACCAUAGUCCAAAAGCACUUGUAAAUCAGUGUACUUAUUAUUUAAUGGAUGGAAUGAAAAGCACAUAUUGUGGUGACACAGCAUCUACAAAAUUUGCACUUUCUUGUGGGAUACAUAUCAAUUCUAUAUAUUAUAUACUAUUUGUUAUGCAAGGCUUUUUUGUAUUCACAUAACUACCUCUCUGUUGCUACUAUGUAACGUAGCUAUUAGUGCACAUCACGGCCUACCUUCUAGUGCCUGAGAAGUGUGUAUACAUAUCUAUUAUGUGUUGUUCAGUAAUAACAGAACUGCUUUAGGAAGAAUUAAAUGGUCAAUUUGCUCCCUGUGACAUGUAAGUUGAUUUGCAUAAGUUCCUAAUUCUGAGAUCCCAGAAUUACAGUGAAGCAGGAGCUACAAGUAUAUUCAUAGUGGUUUAAUGUUUUCCUGUCACUGCCAUAAAAAUUAUGGCCUGGUCUUCAUAAACUCGCUACAGUAUGUUGAAGAGUGUUGUUCCAGUUGAAGAGUGUUGUUCCAGAUGCAAAAAAAAAAAAAAGUUGAUUUUUAGAAACUGAUUUCCGUCCUAUCAAAUAUGCAAAUAUUCUGUCAAGUUUCUAAUAAACCAUUGUACUACACAUGCUAUUAUAAAUAUGUAUGUGAAUAAUUUGUUUAAUGAUAGAUGUCUUUAUCACUGAACAGUGACUCAAUUCUUAUAUUGUCAAAACAAAAAUUAAAAUGUAUACGGCAUAAACAUUUAGAUUUUGAAGAGAUUCGAUUUUAAGCUAAAGUAAAAAUAUCAGCAUUGUAUCAAGCUUAUUAUUUUUAGAGAUAUCUUUCACUAUGUGAACUUAAAAUUUAUUUUAAUCUGUGUUCGCUGACUUUGGAUAUCUGACUUAGGAAAGUUCCAUUUUCUCGACAUUAUUUUAUAGUGGUACAAUUGAUCAUGUAGCAGCAUUGGGAUUUAUGCUAAAGCAAGUUGCCAAGAUGUGGAUUGCUGAUAUAUCUAGAAAGGUGUAAGAUGAGAACAAAUGUCUAAGCAAUGAAGUAUCUGAUCCUUGUCUCAUCAAGUGAGAUGGUGUGAUAAUUGUGUUUGCAGCAUAGAAGUGUAGCAAACAAGUUGUUGUACAGCUUUAUUUAAUAUAUAUACUGCUUAUUAAAUGAUGUAACUAUAUACAUAUAUAAAGAAAUAGAUUUCUUGACUUGUCAAAAGCAGAUGGUUAAGAUAUGCCGACUCAGAUGAGGUGGCUAAAAAAAGUGUCUUGUCUCUCUCGCACACGGUUCUCUUUUUAAUCCUUGAUAAUUUGAUAAUUUGACAUUAUAUCAUUUUAGUGCUUAUAUCCUAUAGUCACAACUACUAGUACACAGAACAGUUACAUAGUAUGAGGUGUCUCUUGCAUAGCACAUUUAAGGCUCUCUCAGCCAUGUCGUUUUCAUGUGUGUACCAUUAUACAUGACUUCAGUAGACCAAGUAAUGAAUGUUUUAUUAUCUACAGAAACGUAUAUAAGCAUUUUGAGGGGGUGGGGGGGAAUGCCAGGCUCCAAAGAUUCUUGAUGACGAAAGAUACGGUGCUGCACAAAAUAUAUAUCCUCCAAGAUAUAGAUUAUUGUAAUCUGCUUUCUUUUCAAAUAGCAUAUGACAAAAUAUCUAUAUAUUUAAAGAAAUAUUUUUAAGGAGUUACUUUCAUUGAUGUGAACCAAUAUGGUUCUUAUGAAUGCAUGAGUAACAUGUAUGAAGCUCAAGGAACACCAGAAGAAGAUUAUGAAACUUCACAACCUUCAUAAAACCUAGCCCUACAAGACAUUUAUUACUGUUGCUGACAAGUCUAUGGAUAAAACAAUACAAAUAAAAUUUACAGAGUUGU